CAUAGCAAUGCGCCGACAAACUAAAUAAUCGACGUCAAAGCUGUCAAAUAUGGCGAGAAGUAGCGAGCAUAAUUGACAUAUAAAAAUGUGAGAUAUAAGAGGUCGUAAGAGUGAUCAUAAUUGAUAUUUAAAUAGACUCGCGUUUUAUUCCAUAAUAAAUAGAAUGUAAGUUCGAAUAAGUGUCGAUUUAAAGUGAGAGUGAGUGAGGAACUUUUGAGCCUCGGCGUAUUUCUAGCCGAGGGGGAAUAUAAGGGCAUGGUAAUUGAGGAACUAUGGGUGCUCAACAAACUAAAGACAGAAUUAUUCCAGCCGGGUCUACCGUGCGACAAACGCGAAAGCAACCCAGAAAUUUAAAGGACUCUCGUAUCAUUGGAUCCAACAUAUUUACCGAACACAGUGAGGCUCUAUUACAAAGUAGACCCCUACCUCACAUUCCAGCAUUGCCAGAGGGAGAUCCUCCUAGUAGUUCUAAUGUUCAACCAAUUUCACAACAAGCAAAUAUUCAACAGCAUACUAGUGUAUCUACUAGUGGACUACUUGAAGCUGCUAAUAGGUGGACUAGCAAGGAGAACCUUUUGACACAAGAAGAAGAUGAUCCACAAUUAUUCGUUGCAUUAUAUGAUUUUCAAGCAGGCGGAGAAAAUCAGCUUAGUUUGAAGAAAGGUGAACAAGUACGUAUUCUCAGUUAUAAUAAAAGUGGCGAGUGGUGUGAAGCACAUUCGAGUGCAGGGCAAGUAGGUUGGGUUCCAUCGAACUAUGUAACUCCUGUUAAUUCAUUGGAAAAACAUUCUUGGUAUCAUGGAAGAAUAUCUAGAAAUGCAGCAGAGUAUCUUUUAAGUUCUGGCAUAAAUGGUAGUUUUCUUGUUCGUGAAUCAGAGAGCAGUCCAGGUCAACGUAGUAUUUCUUUGAGAUAUGAAGGACGAGUUUAUCAUUACAGAAUCAAUGAAGAUAGCGAAGGAAAGAUGUUUGUCACAACAGAAAGUAAAUUUAAUACAUUAGCCGAACUGGUUCAUCAUCAUUCAAUGCUUGCCGAUGGUCUUAUUACGCAACUGCUUUAUCCCGCACCAAAGCAUAACAAGCCUACUGUGUUUCCACUUAGUCCAGAGCCAGAUGAAUGGGAAAUUAAUCGGACUGAUAUAGUAAUGAGGCAUAAAUUAGGUGGGGGACAGUAUGGUGAUGUAUAUGAAGCAGUUUGGAAGAGGUAUAAUAUGACGGUUGCUGUGAAGACAUUAAAGGAAGAUACAAUGGCACUUAAAGAUUUUCUAGAAGAAGCUGCCAUAAUGAAAGAAAUGAAACAUAGAAAUUUGGUACAAUUAUUAGGAGUUUGUACGCGUGAACCACCAUUUUACAUAAUUACUGAAUUUAUGAGCAAAGGAAAUCUAUUAGACUAUUUGCGUAAUGAGAGUAAACAUCAAAUCAAUGCUGUUGUUCUUAUGCAUAUGGCAACACAGAUAGCAAGUGGCAUGAGCUAUUUAGAAAGCCGAAAUUUUAUUCAUAGAGAUUUAGCAGCACGCAAUUGUUUGGUCGGUGAAAAUCAUUUAGUAAAAGUUGCAGAUUUUGGUUUAGCACGAUUAAUGAGAGAUGAUACGUAUACAGCUCAUGCUGGUGCUAAAUUUCCUAUUAAAUGGACUGCUCCCGAAGGUUUAGCUUAUAAUAAGUUUUCUACAAAGUCUGAUGUAUGGGCAUUUGGAAUUUUAUUAUGGGAAAUAGCAACUUACGGUAUGUCUCCGUAUCCUGGCGUGGAUUUGACAGAUGUUUAUCAUAUGUUAGAAAAGGGCUAUAGGAUGGAAUGUCCACCCGGUUGCCCACCUAAAGUGUACGAAUUAAUGAGACAAUGUUGGCAAUGGUCAGCAAUAGAACGACCAACUUUCAAAGAAAUUCAUCAUUCAUUAGAAAACAUGUUUCAAGAAUCUAGUAUUACUGAAGAAGUUGAAAAACAAUUACAAGGCGGAGGAGAAAUUCCGUUGCUUGCAUAUAAAAAAUCACAAACAGGUAGUACAGGAAAUAUUCAUGGACUCGUACUUGUAUCCGAACAAAUGUCUUCCUCUGGUAUAGCACAAGAUGGUGCUAGUUCUGUAACUAAAUUAAGUACUUUUGUGGGUGGAUUGUCGAGUAAAAGUAACAGUAAUAUCGUACAAAUGAGACGCUCGACGAAUAAAAAAGGAAAACAAGCACCGGCUCCUCCAAAACGAACAAGUUUAUUAUCAUCGUGCAGUUCAUUUCGCGAUUCGGCAUACCAGGAACAAGAUCAACAAAAUACCGAUGCUGCCACCAUAGCACUCGAUGAUGCCACAGAUCUAAAUGGUAUUGAUAAGAUUUUUGAAGGUAUCACACGAGAUCUUGUGACAAUGGCUACACAGUCAAUUACUACAGGAGGUUGCGAAGUGGACGACGAUGGAGAUGGGUCUCAGGGGACAGCAGAACCCAAUUUUGUUCCUCAACCAUCAACUUCGCCAGAACCUGUACCGAACAUACCAUGCAAUCAGAAACAAAUUAAAACACGACCUUAUCCAUCUAAGGAAGUACUGCCUCAGAAGUUGGUACAUGUAGGUGCACUAGAGGUGCAAAAUGUUAAACGGGCAAUUAACCGUUAUGGCACCUUACCUAAGGGUGCAAGAAUUGGCGCCUACCUAGAAAGCCUUCGCCAGAGUGGAAUGCCUUCUAAUCAAGAUAAUAUUGCUACCACAUCUGCAAUAUCUACCGUUAUGGAACAACACGACGUUACAAGUAAUACGGAUACGCCCCAGCACCGUUCGCUAUCUCCUCGUCAAAACAAUUUACGUAAUCAGCCACAAAUGACGCGCAGUAAUUCUUCCAGUGGUGUAGUAAAUACUUAUCAACCACCAAAUUCACCACGCAGUCGGACGGUCGGGAUUAGAAAAAAUAAUACGGAAAAUAUUGGAUUAAGAACUUUCCGAGGUCCAAAUAAUACUGGCUUUAGAACGGCUAGUCCAUCGAGAUCGGUUCAACCAACACUUGCCGAUCUCGAAUUUCCUCCGCCUCCUAUAGACUUACCACCACCGCCAGAUGACAUUUUUAAUUCGGCAGAUCAAUGCGAUUUGCCACCGCCUGUAACUGCCUCUCCUAAUAGUGAUAUUUCUCAUAUUAAAACAACCAAUUCGCCAGUAAGCGUGAGGAAAUUAAAAGCCGAAUGGAAAAUAAAGGAUGAGGUAAAUGACGAUCAAGAUGAUAAAAAUAACGAUGUUAGAAAUGUAGAACCUUCUGUGAAGGAAGCUAGUUCUAGAUUUGGUGUUAAUUUACGGCGCAGAGAAACUACCAGCGAAACGCACUGCAGUAAAUCUUUAGAUGAUAAAAAAACAAUUCUUAAAACAAAGGAGGUGUCUAGUAAUGUAAGACUAGAAUCAACGGAACUAACGUCAUCUCCGGAAGAAGCACCACCGCCACCUCCUCCUCCACCUCCGCCUCCUGCUGCCGUUGGUAUCACAGAUACGUUCGAAUCCAAACCAGGGAUGAAGGAGAUGUUAGAAUUAAAAUUGGUCAAUGAAAUAAAGCAAAGUGCUGAUAUGAAACACGGAGGAUCUGUAAAAAAAAGUGGAAUUGCAGGUAAUGUACCUUCAUUACCUCUUGAUCCUGCAUCUCAAUUAUUAUCUGAAUUAUGUGCCAGCUUUAGUAUGGAUACAAACAAACAUUCUGUACAAAAUGAGUAUGCCAUUUCUAAUUUGAAGAGCAAUGAUAGUUUUUCAAUUGCACAGGAUCAUCAUUUAAGUCUUGAUAAGCACAGUACACACAAAGAGAUUGAUGCAUCUUCACCUAUAACUGAGGGUAUAAUAAGCACUGGUAAUAUAGGUUUCAAAUUGAAAAAGGUCGAUAAAAGGAAUAACCCGCAAAAAGAGGAAACUGGAGAUAAUCAAAUAAUCGAUUUCAAAGCUAGGUUACGAAAGGUAGAUAAUGCGGAAAAAGAUAAAGUUGUGGAAGAUAAAACAAAACGGUUUGAUGAUAUUGGAAGUAGUAUCACAGAUUCUUCUGAAUUGGGAACUGAUGAUCAAAUUGAUGAUAAGCGUAGAAGUACUGGAAGUAUAAGUAGCCUAAAAAAAUUAUGGGAAAACAAAGAGGCUUCCUGCGAUAAUCAGCCGCUCAGUCCUAAAUUAAGUGUUAGAGGUGUAAGCAAGCCAGACAUAGUUGAUGCGGGCGAAGACUCCCCGGAAGAUCAUAGUGGGGCAUCAACGCGUAGUUCUACUAGUAAAGGAGACACAAGAGUAUGGCCUCCAACAUCAUCUGCAGAUAUAGAAAAGCCUGUAGUGCCAGCCAAACCAUUAAAACCAUUAGUUUCUUCGACUAAACAUUUUGGUUCCUCAAUAUAUGCUACACCAAACUGCAAUAAGUCUGCUUCACAGACAGAUGAAGAUGCAAAUAAACAAACUGCCGAAUCAAAAGGUGCAGCAAAACAUAGUGUAAUCGAAAUCUCUAACGUCAUUGACAAUAGUAUUUUGAAUCUUAGAGGUAGUCCAACUAUAAUCAUGGCUAGUUGGCUUCAACUAUCCGAUAAAGUUGGUUUGCUCCAUGGUAUGUGCAUAAGUCUUACAGAUACUGCAAUAGCACCACAUGCGAGGUUUCAGUUCCGUGAUUUACUCACUAGACUCGAGCUACAAGCAAGACAACUAAGAGCAGCCGGAACAAGAAAUAUUACAGAAAAUACAAGACUAUUGAGUGAGGUUCAAAAUACAAUAAAGGAUGUAAUAAAUACAGUGCAGAGAUAAAGUAUAUAUUGGUGGUGGAAAAUCAAAAGUAACAUUUUACACUCUCUCUUACAUUUCUGUUGAAAUUUUCAAUUCAUUUCUGUCACCAGUUUAAUUAUAUAUAAUAGAUAUACGUAAAUAUACAUGCAUAUAUACGUACAUAUAAUAUAACAUCAUAUCUCCUUUUAAUCAACGCAUUCAAAUAUUUUUAAUUAUCAACAAAUUCUGAAUAAAAAUAUUUCAAUGCGUUGAUUCGUUAAAAUGGAGAUAUUCUUAUAUACACUAUGUGUACGUAUGUAUGUAUACAUGCGAAUCAUAAAUCAUACAUGCAUACAUAUAUAUACAUAAGUAUAGAUAUAUAUCUAAGUCACUAGUAAGGUCUAAGAACAAUGUUUUAAUCAUAAAAAUUAUGCUUAAAAUAAUAUCAAGUAAUGAAUGUGAAUGAAAGUAAGGAUUGUUGAGUUAUGGUUGUAUGUUUAUGCUAUUACAAACAUUUUGUGUGGUUGAGGCAUAAUAAGAAAGUAUACUACAAGUAUUUCUUUAAUAUGUUUUAUUCGGAAGAUAAUGAUUUGCUGCAAAAUUCAUUGUUUUUUAUGUCUGCACAUAUUUAUAUUUUUAAAAUACCAAAUCUGUGGUGUCAAAAAGAUAUGGAAUAUUUUAUUAUCGUCUAUGAUCAUCAUGUGUAGGCUUUGCAUUAUAAGUCUCGAUAAAAAAUAUUCAUUUUGCAUGAUUACAUUUUUAUAUAAAAAGACAUGAUCGAAUAUAUAAUGGUAUACAUAUAUAUAUAUAUAUAUAUAUACAUAUAUGGUGAUCAUAACAACAAUACGAAUAGUUUAUCACAGUUUUAAUAAUAAUUGUACCAGUGGUACAUAUUAAAUGCAAUAUGAAUGAUUGCCAUUACAAAACGUAGACACUUUCUUAAGCCGCUUAUGUAUCGUAAAUCAUUUCAUUUAUAUGUAAUUUUAUACACAUCAUUGCUUAGUACAUUUAUGCAAAGUUGUAGGUCACAUUAUAAAUACAACAAAUUAUAAUGUUAAGAUAUCUUACAUGUACUGUGGGACAAUAUAACAAUUUUGUAUUUGUAUAGCAUAAGUUGAAUAACAACUGUACUAAGUAUCAUCGUAUGCCUACAUAAAUUAUCCAGAAUAAGAAAAUUCAAUGUAAUUAAUCAAAUUCUUAAGUGUCGUGUGCUUUGUUUAAUCAUGGAUAUAUGGAAAUGUUCUUCCAAAGGCACAGCAGUAAAGGAAUAUGUUUAGAAAUUUUCAUAAAAAAUAUCAGCGCGUUCGUUCCUUACUCUUGCACAUAUUUUUUAUACAAUUUUCUAUCAGACCGCUAGGUCCCAUAUUCGGAAUAAUUUUUCUCAAAAAUGUGCGAAAGAAGUCUUAUGAUUUUUCAUUCUUAGAUAUUCUAUUAACACAUAAAAAAUCAAAUUUCUAACUUUAUCGAUACGUUUAAAUUAUAAAUUAUGACAUAUACUCACAUUAAUACUCAAAAAUUAUAACGUAAAUACAUAAUUAUCGAUAUAAAUAUAUAAUUAAUUUAAUUGAUUACUCAGUAAAUAUCGUUACUUAUUAUGUUAUUCGAGUGAACAAGAUUUUUCAUUUAUUUUAUGGGAAUUUUUGAACUUAUACUUUAUUAAAUCUGUGCUUGAAACUAAGUAGAAUGCAAUACAGAUGCAAAAGUAAUAGUGACCAAUGAAAUGUGUCUUAUGACACUGCCUAUUAGUACAUUCAAUAUAUUAACAUUAAUAGUAUACAAUGUAAUUUCGGUUCAAUUGUUUAUUUGUUUUUAAAUAAUUUGUACCUGUGAUAAGCUAAACCAUUAUUUUAUUAUUUGUAUUCAAUGAAAAACUGAAUUCACAAACAAAAAUUAAUGAUUACGCAAAUGAAUUUUAGAUGAUGGGACUUAGAAAUUACUAUUAUUAUAA